CACCGUCCGAGAAAAGAUCACGAGCGGCCAAUGUGUGAGAUCUUCAGAGUGACCUCAUCACUUACAGCACAGUUUACCUGUCCAUCUGAACUGAAACAUGGCUGCGCUUAAAAUGUCGUCCUUUAAUGAGCUCAAUGGUUUGUUUUACGGAAUUAAACUUUGACAUUAGGCCUACGAACAAAUAUAGGCUAUAUUUUUUUUCCCAAAUGACAUUAUGCACAGAGUCUACUUGAGUCGACAAAUAGCCGCUGGUUACUUGGGAUAACUACCUGGAGGAGAAGCAAAACACAUUUUGGAAGUAAAAUACAGGAGUUUUUUUUUUUGUUGUUGUUGUGAAAUUACAGGCAGUGGACAAGAAUGAACCCCGUGAAUAUAACCAGUGUGAACGUGUCCGUGUCUGGGAGCCAGCACGCGUUUCAGUACGCCGUCUAUGAGUCUCCGCUGUUUAAGGAGUACAGACCUCUAGCCAGAGAUCUCAUCCAGCUGCCCAGAGUCUUGCUCUACCUGAUGAUGGCCGCUGUGGUGGUGCUCGCCGUCGCUUAUGCCAUUGUGGGACAUUUAAUUAAAGACCUCGCGUAUGACAUCUUGGAUUGGGCUUUAGGUCCAGAUGAGGAGAUCUUAAAGGCCAACAGUGAGGCAGGUGAUGAUGGUUCCACACACAUGCCACCAGGUCUCACACACUCCCACCACAACGCCUUCCACCUUUGGGAUCAGGACGACGUGGUCAUCCCCCUCUCUCCAGAGCACAGCCCCCAGAACAGCCCUCUUCUGGCUGCUCUACCUUUUAUUCCUCACUUCUUCCCCUCUCCUGGUUUUCACGGUGUGCUCAACAGCCCUGCACUGACCCAAAUACAGCUGGAGGAUAACAAGAGCCCCAACAAGACACCACAAGAGGCCUAUGUCUUUCCUUCACCUAAAAUUACAGGACAUAGUUUCAUUUUCUCACACGUGUCAUUCCAUGAGAGGAGAGAUGCGACUGAUAAAGUUUGAACCACUGAACAAUGGCUCACACUACACUGUAGUCCACGACUUCUUAAAGAAAUAGUUUCCCCCAAAAUGAAAAUAGACUCACCCUCAGGAUAUCCAAGAUGUAAAUAAGUUUGUUUCUACAUCAGAACAGAUUUGGAGAAAUUUACCAUUUCAUCGCUUGCUCACCAGUGGAUCGUCUGCAAUGAAUGGGUGCCGUCAGAAUGAGAGUUCAAACAGCUGAUCAAAACACUGGCAGCCAUAUCACACUGGAGCCCAAGACCGGUUGCCCACUGAAGCUAAGCAGAGCUGAGCCUGGUCAGUACCUGGAUGGGAGACCUCCUGGGAAAACUAGGUUGCUGCUGGAAGAGGUGCUAGUGAGGCCAGCAGGGGGUGCUAACCUUGAGGUCUGUGUGGAUCCUAGCACCCCAGUGUAGUGAU